GCAUGAGAUUGAAAAAUGCAAAUGGGUAUAUGGUCAUGGUCUUUCAAGAUGAAUCCAAGUCAUUUUACGUAGAAGCCGCCGCCGCCAGCUAGUUCCGGUGCUAUAAGAUAAAGAACACAACCAUGGAGUGGGAAAAAGUCUGAGCUGGAACUGCAAGAAGCAGAGAAAAAGAACAGAAAAUGAUUGCAGACAGUUCAUCUUUGAACACUCCAUCACCGUCGGCAAGUCCCCCAAAAAGCAGUGGUGUGACAAGCAGCACGCUCUCAUCAGUUGGCAGCCUCAUAAAGCUUCUCCCAACAGGCACAGUCUUCGUCUUCCAAUUCCUCAACCCUGUUUUGACCAACAGCGGUGAAUGCAACGCCAGCAACAAGUCCCUCUGCGCCAUUUUCCUUGUGCUCUGUGGCUUCAGCUGCGCCUUUUCUUCCUUCACAGACAGUUACACAGGCACUGACAAGCGUAGGCACUAUGGCAUCGUAAGCCCCAAGGGACUCUGGCCUUCUCCGGCUUCCGACUCCGUUGACCUGUCAAGCUACAAACUCAAGUUUGGAGACUUGGUGCAUGCUGUGUUGUCGUUUUCAGUGUUUGCAGUGUUGGGGCUUUUGGACACCAAUACUGUGAACUGCUUCUACCCUGAUUUUCAGUCAACUCAGAAGCGUCUUCUUCAAGUUCUUCCCACAGCUAUUGGGGUAGUAGCGGGUGGGUUGUUCAUGAUCUUUCCCAAUGAUCGCCAUGGAAUUGGAUACCCUUUGACCUCGGAUUCCAACGACACCACUCCUCCCAACAAUCCGAGUGGCAAUGCCUAAACUUGGGGCUGUGAAAAUAUACGCAAACUCUGCAUGUACUUGCAUGGUAUGAAAUGUUUUUGCAGUAUACUUUUCUAUCUCCUGUGACUGUAAAGUGAAGACUUUAUUCUUUGAUGUACUAUUGAGUUUUGUGUGUCA